GUCUAGUGCCAGCAAUGGUUCAUCUAGUACUUGGAACAGUAACUUGCAACAGAACAACCAGUGGCAGCAACCGCGACACGGAGGAGCAUCCAUUCCGGGAACAAUGAGCAGCCUCUAUCAAAAUCAACAGCAGGGUGCUGUGGGUAGCAAUUACAGCCAACAUGUAGGUACUGCUGGUACUAGUAGUGGCCGUUCGUUCCAGCAGAUGACGGGGGCUUCAGGGGUUUGGUCUGGUGGUGCUCGGACAUCAAGCUCAAGUUGCGCGA